UCAGCUGUGAGCCCGAGCCCCGAGACCAGGCGCCAGUGUUGGUUGAACUUUUAGUGAGUGAGAGUCAGUGUGUGGCUCUGUCGACAAUGGCUCUUUGGCUCUCGUAGUGAUUUUUGUGCUCAAAAAUAGGAUUAUAUCGUCAAGUAUGCUACCUGCAGGAAAGGAAGAAAUCGCCGAUCCUAAAGAUGUGGUGAUGAGGGAGAAAAAGGGAGGAGCGCUAAGCAAAGUCCAAAAGCUCAAAAGACGCAUAUCACAUAGUUUUGGAAAAUUAGGAAUCCGCAGAAAACGAGCUGUAUCGAAACAUGCGGACUACAGUCGAGAGUACAGAAUGCCCGCCAUUUCGAAGAGCGAGGAUUUUGAGGAGAACGGGUUCAAGCUAUCCGCAAUAUCCAAGAACGACGACGACGACGAGGACCUCUCGAUUUCGGGAAUGAAGAUCAACGGCUUCUCCGAUGAAUACUUAGAUAGAAUAGAACCCAACGGAAAUAUACCCGAAAAAGAUUGCGGUAAGUUAAGCUGGGAGAGGCUGGUAGACCAUCGAGAAUCCCUUUCGAGACAGCUCUCCGUGUCGUCUGACUCCAAACUCCUCGACGACGAUAUCCGGGAGGAGCAGAAAGUCAUCAUGAGACCGAAAAAGCCUCCCAGGCCCAAGUCGGAGGUUUAUUUAUGUAAAGACUCUAGAAAAACUAAACGAUACUCAGCGUUCGGGGGGGACUCGCCGUUUGGAAGGACGGAAGCUUAUAUGAAAUUAGAUCAGUUAGGGGAAGGAUCAUAUGCUACUGUAUAUAAGGGAUACAGCAAUUUGACGAAUCAAGUUGUUGCUUUGAAGGAAAUUCGUCUUCAGGAGGAGGAAGGUGCGCCGUUCACCGCCAUCCGAGAGGCGUCUCUUCUGAAGCAACUCAAACAUGCAAAUAUUGUUACCUUACAUGACAUCAUUCACACGAGAGAAACACUCACAUUCGUUUUUGAAUAUGUGCACACAGACUUAUCCCAAUAUUUAGAAAAGCAUGGGGGAGGCCUUCACCCGCGCAAUGUCAAGUUGUUCCUCUUCCAACUCUUACGUGGUCUUUCAUUCUGCCAUCGACGUCGCAUUUUGCACAGAGAUAUCAAACCCCAAAAUCUGCUCAUCUCCGAAAUUGGUGAACUUAAGAUUGCUGACUUCGGACUCGCCCGUGCCAAGUCUGUCCCAUCUCACACUUAUUCCCAUGAGGUGGUGACACUCUGGUAUCGACCGCCAGAUGUUCUUAUGGGAUCUACAGACUAUUCUACCUCUCUAGACAUGUGGGGUGUGGGAUGUAUAUUCUCAGAAAUGAUCACAGGUGUUCCAGCUUUUCCAGGUGUGAGAGAUAUUCAAGAUCAGCUGGAUAAGAUUUUCAAGGUUGUUGGAACUCCCACUGAAGAAACGUGGAUGGGUGUCACUCAGUUACCAAAUUAUAAACCACAUCGGCUGGUGCUUCAUCGUCCCCGCAGACUGUCUUCUCUUUUUCCCAGACUCAAUGACAUUCCGCAUGCCGAGUCUUUAGCAACACAGUUCCUACAGAUUCAACCCAACAAACGGUUAUCCUCGGAGGCUGCUCUAAGACAUGUAUAUUUUGCAGAUUUGCCUCCACAUAUAUUUGAAUUAGACCCAGAGCAAUCCAUUUUUUCAGUGGGAGGUGUACGAAUAGCUCAGGAGCUUCGCAAUUACCCAACCUCAGUGAUACAAGCAGCUAGAGAAAUCCGUAAAUUGGUAUAAUCCUUCUUUAUUAAGAUUUUAUAGCUUGCUAUGAACAUGAAGCCAUUUUUACUAUCACUUCAUAUCCAAAUGUGAAUGCAGAACUCCGGAGCCCUUAUUUUAUUCUCAAAACCAGUUGUCAUAAAAUUCCAAUACUAUUGGUACUUGUUAUGCAAAAUCAUUUCUGAUGCCUAAAUUUUCAUAAUGUUAUUGCAUUUUAAAGGUAUGAAUAUAAAAAUGGAAUGAAAAGGUGUUAGAGGUUUAAAAUCAAAAUGAUUCUGUUAUACACACCCAAAGUAAUAUUUUGUAUGCCAUUCUAUAAAGUAUUUCUAUCAAAUAAUAUGAAAAUGCAAAUUAAAUUGCCUGAAAAUCUUUUUUAACAGUCUGGUCUUUUUGCUUUCAACUUUUCAUUACUCUUAUUAACUUUAUUCAGAUACCAGUUACUAUUCAAGUUCUUCAUAAAUGCACAUAUGCUGAAUUUCACCAUUUUUUUGAAAUGUAAAUGAAUGCAUUAUUUACAAAAUGCUCGUAUGCCAAGUUUGGCACUUGGUCUGAGUAUGAGUGAAAAGUAUUUUGAGAUGUUUUGUCAAAAUUGAGUAAUUAUACAGGAUACUUGUAUCUUUUGAGGUUUACAUUAUUUUAAGGUAAGAAAGAGUUCCAAGAACUAGGGUUUUCUGAAUGUGUUAUGUUGUUCUAGAAUACUGUUCUAACUGUUGAUCGUAGUGGAACAAAAAUAAGAUAAAUCGUUUCGUUUAGAGUGGAAAAACUGAACGAUUUAGAAAUAAACUACAUUCGGUGUGUGCUAAGGCUUGAAAAUUAUGGACAGUGAAAAAAAAAAUUAUGAUAGGUAAAAGUAAAUAGACCCAUUAGUUCUUGGAAUUACUUGACAGAAAAGACACAAAAAACUUGAACCUUAAAUCCAGUAAUCUGAAAUUGCAGCUCAGUAUAAGGAAAUGCUGUUUGUUUCCAUUUUGUUACAGAAGCCAUGUAGGCUUAACUGUAAGUACUAAAAGGCAACGACAAAAAUGAUUACAGCUUUAUGCAUAAUUGCCAUGUUAGAAGAGAUGCUUUAACAAAAUGUCUAUGGGAGAGAAUAUUUUAUAUAGCUUUAUGGGUAACAAUGAUCGCUCUAAAUGAAGAAAUACAGGAAAAUGUUUUAACGUGUUAUAUAGAGAACAUUUAUGUUAGCGAUAGGAAUAGACAAAUGAAUUCAGUGGUAUGAAGAUUAUAUUGCUACUCUAGUUUGUUAGUAUUAGAGUAGAUAUAGCUUUAGAUGUAGUUUUCAGAUUUCUAAAUGUAUGUUAUUUAUAUAAAACUUUGAAUAUGCAAAAAAACUUACAGAGCGAUGCAGCUGAAGGGUUUUCAAGCUGAAAUCUAUAAAACAUUGUUUUGAGCAUUUGGUUCUUAAAAAAAGUUUGAAGACCAUGUUGAAAUUCGAGUGACAGAAUCUAUAACCUUUUGCUCAAAAUACUACACUGCUUCACUUACACAUGUCCAUAUUAAAACCCAAAGCUUUUAAUUUUCCUUUGUUUUUUAAUUAAACAGCUGUGGUAUAAAUUGUGAGCAAGUUCUACACACUACGUAUACACAGUUGUAAACGAUAGUUCAUGGAAGCGGAAAAUUCAUACAAUAAUUUUUAGAUUUCAUGUCAAUUUAUGAGUGGCCACCUUGAAUUUAAUGAAUGAAGUUCUGGUCCAGUUCAUGAAAGGGUUCUGAUCUAUGGCCUUAUGUACAGAUUUCUUGAUCCUCAAUAUGGAACUCUUAAAUACCAUGAACUAUUUUGCAUUUCAGCUCAUCAUUAAAGCACUUUAUUUUAAUGGUGAUGAGGGGUUGUAAAUUCUCAAGUUUUGUCAUUCCAGAGGUAAUGCGUUUUCUAUGGAACUUACAAUAAAGAAAAACUGCAAGUUUCUAUGCAAAAAAUACUGAUUAUUGCACAUUAUGAUUAGUACAUAGUUUUGUUUAUUCAAACUUUUACCUCUUUUAAUGAAAAUGAAGUAUUAUUUCCUUCAGUCCUCAUUAUUUCCAUCCUACAUUGUCGUUGGUGCUACCUGCCUCAUAACAAUGCACUUGUCAUUAGAAUGUCAUUAGAACUUGAACAACAACUAUAAAUUUAUGUCUCAUCUGGAUAACUAAUCUAAAUUCUGUUUGCAAUUAUAUAUACAAGUGCAUCAUAUACUAUGAAUUGCAUUCUAUCAUGUUACAGAUCUAAAUUAUUCUUUCCUACUUAGGCAGCAUAAUUUUCAGCUAAAUUACCAUAACUGAUUUGAUCUUUGCAAAACCUAAAUUCCAAAAUAUAAAAAAUUCUGAAUGUGUGUUGUGAAAAUUAAUCUUUAAAGGUCAUAAAAAGAUCUUUAAUGCUCUAUUUUUAUGAGUUUGCAUUUAUGUUGUAUAGAUACUGUCUGAAAUACUUGCAUAUUACUGUUUAUAAAAUGUGCUGAACUCUAAUGUGCUAGGCUUACAACCCCUCAAGGAACUAUGUGUGUUAGAUUGAAGUUUUGUUGUAAUGCCUUGCUUGUACCGUAGUGCCACGUUUUUGGUUGUUUUAUUUGCACUCCAUACAUGUACCAUACACACAAUUUCUAUUAAAACUGUGAUAUUGCAUUAAACACGCCGUAUACCUGGCUAACUUUA